UAAUGGGGGAAACUCGCCUGCAGAGUAAAACGUAGGAAACAGCACGUUCUAAUAAGUUUUCUUCACAUUUCGAGGAAUAUGAGAUUUUUCGAGUGUUCGGAGCUCAUGUUUUGAGCUGUUCAACGGAAACACAUGGAGUGAUUGCAGCAUCCACUGGGAAUACGCUGCGAAAAAAUGUCAGUUAAGAUGACAAAGUACAAGCAGACAGAAUUUGAAGAUGAGGACAGCAGUAGCAUUGGCUCAGUUGUGCUCAACAGCGAGGGAAUAAGCACAUCAGCAACUCACAUAAGAUAUCACUCGGGAACAUCUCUGUGGAAAGCGAGAACACUCCUAGAAAAAUGCCUCCUCGUAGCCAGUUUUGGCUUUCUCCUGCUGAUCUGUAUCCUCCUCAUCGUGAUUGGACGAAAACAUGGCUGGGAUAAGGCGCAAAUUUUGCACGUAACAUCCAACUCAGAUGAGGGUCUGCACUGCUUGACCGAGCGUUGCGUCACCGUCGCUGCCUCCAUCAUCAACAGCAUCAACCCCAAAGUUGAUCCCUGUGAUGAUUUUUACGAGUACGCCUGCGGCGGUUGGAUCAAGAAGAAUCCAAUGCCGGAUGGCAAGAGCAUGUGGGGGACAUUUGGAAAAUUGGAUCAGGAGAAUCAGUUAAUUGUCAAAAAUGUCCUAGAGAAACCAUUCUCUGAGAUGAAAUCAAAAGCCGAACAAAAAGCCAAACUUUAUUAUUUAUCGUGCAUGGAUGCUAAUGAGACUGUUGAGGCUCUUGGAGGCCAGCCCCUGUUGACACUUUUGGAGACCAUCGGAGGGUGGAAUAUCACGGGGGGGUUCAAUGUCAGCCGAUGGAGUCUUCAGAAUAGCAUGCACGUGCUGCAGAAUGUCUACAACAUGGGGGGACUCUUUACGUGGGCUGUUAAUGAGGACGAUAGGAAUAGUACUAAGCACAUUAUCGAAGUAGAUCAAGGUGGUCUCACCCUCCCCACCACCGACAACUAUCUGAACAAAACAGAGCAUGCAAAAGUUCUCACCGCGUACCUCGACUACAUGACCAAGAUCGGCGUCCUGUUGGGUGGCGAAGAGGCUGAGACUCAGCGUCAGAUGCAGGCAGUCAUCGAGUUUGAAACUAAAAUAGCCGAGAUAACGACUCCCCAGGAAGAGAGGCGAGAUGAAGAGAAACUGUACAAUCUCAUGACCGUCAGUGAAUUACAGAAACUAGCACCAUUUAUGUCGUGGUUGGAUUAUUUUCAAAAUGCAACGAAAUUGGUGAAUAAAAAAAUUAGCAGUAAAACUAAAAUUGUUAAUUUCGCGCCUGGAUUCUUCAAAAAACUAACAAAAUUGGUUGAGGACUAUAAUAAAACUGCUGAUGGUCAAAUAGUUCUUAAUAAUUAUUUAGUAUGGCAGACAGUGCGAUCCCUCACAGCAUUUCUAUCGAAGCCCUUCAGAGAGUCCUACAAAGGCCUGAGGAAGGCCCUGAUGGGGUCAGAAGGGAGGGAGGAGCAGUGGAGAUACUGUGUCAGUGACACAAACAACGUCAUGGGCUUUGCAAUCGGUGCCAUGUUUGUCAGAGACGUUUUCCAUGGAAAGAGCAAGCCCAAAGCCGAGGAGAUGAUCAACGAAAUUCGUGCGGCAUUCGUCAAGAACCUGAGGAAUCUCGACUGGAUGGAUGAGGAGACCCGCAGGGCCGCUGAGGAGAAGGCCAACGCCAUCACCGACAUGAUAGGCUUUCCCAACUUUAUCCUCAACUCCAACGAACUGGACGAACGCUACAAGGAUCUCCAGAUAAGACAGAACGAGUACUUCCUGAAUAACAUAAGAGUUAACAAGUACAGUUUGAAGAAGAACCUCGAGAAGCUCGACAGGCCGGUCAACAAGACAACCUGGAUCAUGACACCACUGACUGUCAACGCCUACUACUCACCAACGAAGAACCAAAUUGUAUUUCCCGCUGGGAUCCUCCAGAAUCCUUUCUAUGACAUGGAGAACCCCAGCAGCCUCAACUUCGGGGGAAUCGGAGUGGUCAUGGGUCACGAACUGACACAUGCAUUUGAUGAUCAGGGACGCGAAUACGAUCUUCACGGGAAUCUCCACAAGUGGUGGAACAACGCAACAAUAGAAAGAUUCAAAAACCGAACCGAAUGUUUUGUGGAGCAAUAUGGGGAUUUUGAAAUUGAGGGGAGACACAUUAACGGACGACAAACUCUAGGUGAAAAUAUUGCUGAUAAUGGCGGUCUCAAAGCUGCCUAUCAUGCAUAUCUGACCACUCUGAAGGACUACGAGGACCAAUUGCCAUUGCCUGGCCUCCAGCUCACCCAUCGUCAACUAUUUUUCCUCAACUUUGCUCAGGUCUGGUGUUCCGCAAUAACGCCAGAGUCAAUAAACCUUCAAGUCGAGAAAGACUCUCACUGUCCACCAAAAUAUCGAGUCAUAGGGCCACUCUCAAAUUUACCUGAAUUUGCAGCUGAAUUCAAUUGCCCAAAGGGUUCGAAAAUGAAUCCAGGGGAUAAGUGUGAGGUUUGGUAGUGUUGAAGAUUAAAAAAAUAAAUUUUUUUAAUUGAAUUUAAUUAAGCGAGAGGAUGAGACAGAUUCAUCGUGUAAAGUCAAUCCACAGAGAUCACGAAUGGCACUAAAACUAAGGGAUGAAUAGCGAUAGCACUUGGAAUGAUCGAGAAGAUUUUUGAGAACUUUAAAACCCCAAAAAUGAAAUUUCAGUAAUUAUUUUUCUGGAGACAACCAAUCCCCUCCGAAAAUUUUUCAUUGAUUAUUGUCCUACUGAAUUAAUCAAUGAAACCUGAGUAUGACCUUUAAUUCGCUUUAGUCCUCACCACUGAGAAAUAAUUCAGUGUAAAUAUAUUUGACCUUAUCAGAAGGUCGAAUAAUUACAAUUAGAGAUUCACAAACACCGAGUGCUUAAAAAAAUAAUUCACGCGAUUGAAUUGAAAACUGGAUAACAGAAAAUAGUUGAACUAAAUUGUUAUCAGUAUUAAAUUGCAAAAGAUACCUCGAUAUCUUAAAUGGAAUCCCGAUUGAUUACGUUUCUUGGUAUUUGAAAAAUUAAACGAGGGGUGAGUGUCUUCCAUAAAAAAAAUCAUCAUCCUGUGAAUGAUUGAUGGAUGUUUAAAUGUUUUCACGUUGACAGUGUAUACAUAUCUAUUUAAACGGGAUUUUCGUUUCUACUUUGUGCUCAAGCACCGGACAACCACAUAAUUAAGUGUUUCAUUGGGUCAAUGUCUUUGCUGGGAGUACACGCUCCACGACAUCUCCGUAUUAGAUAAUUAAUAAUUUUCCAUAGGAUGGAAUGGGGAAAAGAAAUAAUGCUGUUAUGGGUUAACAUAAAAACAACAAUUCAAUUGAUUAAUUAUUCUUAAUCCAGUUGAUUCAAAAUAAUCACUUCACAAUGUAAAAUACUUUUUGUAUUAAACACCGAGGCAGUUUGAUAAUAAGAAGUAGAUUAAUCGAUAAUUUUCGAAUGCAUUAUUUCUGCAGGCAGGAUAGUGAUGAUAAUAAAUAAAAAAAUGUGAAUUAUUUUCCGAUGAGAAAGAGAAUAAAAUUUUAAGUCAUUGUAUCGUGAUGUCAUUGAUUGUGAAAAGAAAUUAUAUUUCUCCUUGUCAUUGAAUUUACUAUUAAUUAAUGGUAAAUGGGAGAGGGCUGGGGGGAAGUGUGAAGUAUAUGUAAAUAAAUUUGACGAAUUAAAUAAAUUCGACAUUGCUUUGAAAAA